UGGUAGCGCCGCUCGGGCCCGCUGCUCUCCGCGGUGCUGACCCUGCCGCCCUCGGCCACCGCUCGCCUGGAGGAAGCGCGCGGUUUGGACUUUUUAAAAGCCCUUCUUUAUUUAGAUUCCAACAUCCUCGCCUCUCUUCUGUGCCAAAGGGGAGCUCAGGCCGUCCGUCUCCCCCUUUGCUCUCCCCAACUUGGCGCACCCUCCCUCCCAUUUCUCCCUGACACUCCCACCACCCCCCCUCGGCUCGGCGGCUCGGCGCGAUGCUGCAGAAGACGCGCUGAGCCCUUUUGGAUCUAAUGCGCAGAGGAGGUUGGCCCAGAGCUCCCAGGCUCCCCCAAGGCUGAACUCCGUCCAAGGUGCCCGCAGGCUCCCUGCCCGCCUUCCCCAUGCCAGCCCGCAGCUAGGGGCAGGGGCAGCGGCGGCUGGGGUUGGGGGUGGGUGGGGAGCUUUUGGGGAGGACAGGUCGCAGCUUGGCUAUGGAAGGCUCCAAUGGCUUUGGGAUCGACUCCAUUCUCUCCCACCGAGCGGGCAGCCCCGCCCUUCCCAAGGGGGACCCCUUGCUCGGGGACUGCCGCUCGCCCUUGGAGCUGAGUCCGCGCUCGGAGAGCAGCAGCGAUUGCUCUUCACCAGCCUCGCCAGGAAGGGACUGUCUGGAGACGGUGGCCCCACGGCCUGGCGGGGCAUCGGGCCCAGGUUUGGACUCCCACCUGCAGCCUGGGCAGCUCUCGGCCCCAGCCCAGUCUCGCACCGUGACCUCCUCCUUUCUGAUCAGGGACAUCCUUGCUGACUGCAAACCACUCGCGGCCUGUGCACCCUACUCUAGCAGCGGGCAGCCGGCCGCUCCUGAGCCUGGGGGCCGUCUUACGGCCAAGGCCGGGGAGGACUUUAGAGACAAGCUGGACAAAAGUGGCAGCAACGCCUCAUCGGACUCCGAGUAUAAAGUGAAGGAGGAGGGUGACCGUGAGAUCUCCAGCUCCAGGGACAGCCCCCCGGUGCGCCUGAAAAAGCCACGCAAGGCGCGCACGGCCUUCACAGACCAUCAGCUGGCGCAGCUGGAGCGCAGCUUUGAGCGGCAGAAGUACCUGAGCGUGCAGGACCGCAUGGAGCUCGCAGCCUCGCUCAACCUCACCGACACGCAGGUCAAGACCUGGUACCAGAACCGCAGGACUAAGUGGAAGAGACAGACGGCCGUCGGGCUGGAGCUGCUGGCGGAGGCAGGCAAUUACUCGGCGCUCCAGCGGAUGUUCCCGUCGCCUUACUUCUACCCGCAGAGUCUAGUUUCCAAUCUGGAUCCCGGCGCCGCACUGUAUCUGUACCGCGGGCCCAGCGCGCCGCCGCCCGCCCUGCAGAGACCUCUGGUGCCCCGCAUCCUCAUCCACGGACUCCAGGGCGCCAGCGAGCCGCCCCCGCCGCUGCCCCCGCUGGCCGGCGUCCUCCCGCGCGCCGCGCAGCCUCGGUGA